AUGCCCCUUCUCGAAAGCCUUCAGACAGAGUUCUGCCCGCCACUCGAUACUGCUCUUGUCGCCAUACUGUUCCACGAUUAUGACACGGGAGAACACAGCAAUCAACUACACGAACUGUACUCGAUCCUGCGUGACUUGGCGGCGCAGGCGAAUCUAGAGGAAUCACGGCUGCAGGAUGAGCAGGGCUGCUACGAUGCGGAUGCUGUAGAUGGAGAGAACGGCGAGACGACAAAUUCAGAAAGCACGGCAGCAUGCCUCUUCGGAGAUGCUUCUAGUACGACCACCUCCAACGAUACCUCCCUUUCACCGUCCGAGGCUGGCUCGCAAUCGCCACAAGAUUACUCAUUCACGUCCCCAAUUGGGUUCCUACAAACUAUCCUACCUGGAGUACCCUUAAAGACUAUAAAGGCAGCAUUGAAAGAUGCAGAUAUUGAAGGCGAUCAUGAAACGACCGAGGUUGAAAUGUGGGAUGUCAUUGACGGUAUUUUGUCAGUUCAGUAUAUUCAAGAAUUGGAAGAGAGGGGUAUAGUGGCCCUUGAUGAGGAAGAGAUGGCAGGUGUCAACUCUAUUACCGAUGGCGUUUGGCGAGUAGCGGGAGCAGGCAAGAGGAAGAAAGGGAAAGAGCCACAGAAGCGCGCGAAACCGCAGGUCUCGAAGAUCCUUACUCUAGGGGACGUGCGUCAACAUCAACCCACCCGGAAGCGUGGUAGCUCAGGUAACUGUUACUCGACCGUAUUGGAUUGGUUAUUUACAGUUGUCUCAGCCCCGCCGCCGCCGGCAUUCGACCCAUGGGCACAGAUUUCUUCAAUUUGUAGCCAUUUAUCGACUCUAAUUCCAUCUCAACCUCCAUCAUUCUUCAACUCUUAUUUCCACUCGCCUUCACACAGCACUCCAUACAGUGCACUACGCGCGGCACUAGCAACUAUCUCUGCGAAGCAAGGCCCUCCACAAGAUGGUCCCUCUACGGCCUCUCUGUUGGAGAUAAUCCUCCCCUCGUACCCAGACACACAAACUACCACUCUUCAAGACGAUAUCAACAUUUCUAUAUCUGCCACUGGUUCUGCUGAUAGCGCCAUUGAUCUUGUGAAACUUCUACGGGAGUUGGACAAUGACUACGAUCAUGGCAAUGGCGAUAGAGGGAUGGCUGUAUAUCAUCAGAAUAUUGUACCAAUAUCUCGUACGCCGCCGUCGUUCCCGCCGCCAGUGCCGCCGCCCCCAAUACGGCCGAUGAUGUCUCAGCCUUCGUCUCCUGUUCUCCCUAAAUCCCCACGGCCAGAUCCCUUAGCCUGGAAAUAUAUACCGGAGCGCAAGGUCCCUCACCUCAAUCCAUUAGCGCUGAGCAUUCCUGCGUACAAUCCCCAUGGGCAAGGUGGUAAGGGAAAGGCUUCGAAGUUGAGGCAAGCUGGAAACACGUUCGGAAAAGGCGGCAAAGGAGAUGUUGGUGAACUAGGCUAUCACAACAGUAUGCGAAGCCGGUAUAUAGAUCAACGAAACGAGAUGCUACGCAAGGCUGCUCAGAUGUGGCAGAAGGCUCCAACUAGAGGCGGCGCUUUGUAUUACGCUGAACAGGCUAGAGAAUUCCAAGAGCUUGCCCGUAAAGCGGCCUUAAGUGCCGCUAAAGAGGUUGUAGAGGCAAAAAGAGUGUCUACACCGAAACAGGAUACCAUCGACCUACACGGUACUUCCAUUACCGAAGCGGCCUCAAUCGUUGAGGACACUCUGAAGUGGUAUAAUGCUUCGCCUGGUAUGUCAUUCUGCACUUUUGCCUACAUGCCUCUGGUUAAUAAACACCAUGAUAUUUUCCCACCCUGUUUCGCUGUACUCCAUGACGAAAUAAAAUCGAAUGAAGCGAAACCCCUGCGUAUCAUCACUGGUCGCGGGAAUCACUCUGUCAAUCAGGUAGGGGUCCUAAAGCCAGCGAUACGUAAAAAGCUUCAACAGGAGCAUUGGGAUGUCAGGGGAUGGGACGGGGGGUUAGUUGUUCUUGGAAAGAAAUGA